CUGAAAACAAUAUGGCGGCCGUAUUUGCCAACUUUUCGGCGUAAUUCGAACACUUUUGUCCGAAAAAGGCAUCUAAAACUAGCACAAAAUGCCGAUCAAUCGUGUGCCAGUUGUCCACAAGUUUGGCAUUAUUUCCCAAACGCAAAGAGCGGAUUUAGAAAAGAGAAUCGCCAAAAAAGCGUACCUUGAAACUCGUCGUAAACUCGACGCGCAGCAACCUCCUGAACCAAGGUAUUUAUAUUGUUGUGUGGUUUUAUUCCUGUACGAUUUUGUGCUUGCCUUUCUGUUUGUUAAGCAUUGAGAUACAAGUGAGUGUUGUGUGAAAUACGAAGAUGUUUGCUAGCUAUUGCUGUAUUAAUCUAAAAAACUUGAUUCGUACGAGACUAUCGAGUCUAUAGCGUCUAGCGAGAUUAAAAAGUUCGUCUUACCUUAGGCAGCCACUGUAGGCAGCCCACUAAUAUAAUUUCACAAUUAUAAAAUGGCGAUUUAAUAUAAGCUACAGGUGGCGAUUUAAUAUAAGCUACAGUUCGCAAUAUAUUUCGCUAAGUUGUGAUUAUUUUCGUUAAAUGUUAUAAUUUCACUGCAGUUUUAAUUUAAAUUCAGUCGUUUAGUGGGUUGCCUAUGGUCUUACGACGUUUGUUUUGUAUAUUUUAUAUACGCAGUCACUGUUGUUGAAUCGUAAUUAUGCCAGUGAACAUAUGUUUCUACAUUUUCAUUAGACCUCUUCCAUUUGAAGUCACGGAAGACUUUGUUUACAAGGUUUGUUAGUAGAGUAUAAAGCGUUCUCUGAUGUCUCCGUUCUCACCACAGCUAGAUGAACUCAGGAUCGUACUGCACGAUUUUGCCUUGCGAAAUUAAGCUAUAUAUUGCAAGAAAUUUGAGACCAAAUGUUUAAAGAACUGAGAUAUAAAGUGUCCGACACUGUGCAUGACCGUAAGUACAAAGAGAAGCCAACGUGUGUACGGGUCUGAACUUGUCAGGUCUGGUUUGAACGACUUUAUGACUGUCCACCGGGCCUAUCUGUCUGUUUAUUUGACUGUCUGUUUGUUUAUUUGACUGUCUACUUGUCAGAUCUCCGUUUUCAAAAGCCACAACUCCCUUUUCAAAUGCUAAAACUCCCUUUUCAAAUGCCAGAGAUCCUUUUUAAGAAACUAGAACUCCGUUUUCAAAUGCCAAAACUCAGUUUUCAAAUGCCAAAACUCUGUUCGCAAAUGCCAGAACUCCCUUUUCAAAUGCCAAAACAGACCUCCGUUUUCAAAUGCCAGAGCUCCGUUUUUAACACUGCCAGAACUCCGUUUUCAAAAGCCAGAACUCCGUUUUCGGCUUGAUAUAAUUUUCGACCAAUUGGGUUUGAGCAAAUUAUUAGUGGACACUCAAUUUUGACAAUAUGAAACAUAACUCAAAAAUAUUCCUUCGGUGCCUGGUCCCCUGUCGCAAUUUGCAAGCUUCAAGCGAAGCGAGCAAGUUUGGACCACGCAGGGCUAACUGAAAAUUUUUUUGGCUACCUGCAAAAAAAUAUACAGGCAUGUUGAACACUGCCGUGCCUAUAUCUGAUGUAAGCUAGUCUGUGCAAUGUACGUGCUAUUGAGGAACCUUUUCGCUAUUAUAGUUCAACGACAGUGGUCAAGAUGAGAGAAAAAAGCUAGAAGAUACAGCUAUGAAAAUGCUAAAAAGAUUGAAGGUAUAGUUGAUUUUCCAAUCCUAGUCGACCAUGGUACCAGUUAUAUACUAGUGCAUGCAAGGCUUCUGCAAGAACGUGCAUUUGUAGCUACAUUGUCACAUCAUAGCUAAAACGAUUAGUUGGAUGAACUGAUAUCAUUCAAGAACUUGAUCUUACAAGAGUAUUAUUUCAAAGUACAUUUAUUUAUUUCCUAGAGAUUGGCUGGACUAAGGCAAGCUGGUGAAGCUUAUCAUGUUGACCUUCCGAGAGCCUGGGUUGACUUGGCGUUACUUGCACAAUGUCGUAGUUCUAAGUUGGAAGAAGGUUAACUUUGUCUUUCAACUUUGCAAUUCAAAGAACAGUUCGUUUGUAUUACAAUAUUAUAUGUUUAUCUUGUGUAACCCAUUUUCCAGCGUGUUUAGAGGCUCUUAUUGCUUCGCUUGAUCAGGCUCUAGUGUGCGAGGAACACGUUUUAAGGUAAAAAUAUUUCAAUGUUGAUUAAAUCUAAAUGUCUUUAUUUUACGCAUCUGUAAUCAUGUAAUUUCUGGAUAUGUUUGUCUUUUUAAAUAGCUUAUUUUACCUUGCUAAAAGUGGCGUACAUUGGCUCAAGAAGGAUGCUGGUUACCAAUUUGUUUUACGAAGUAACGAAAUUUUACUGCUUAAGGUACUUUAGGCGCGUUGGUGUGUUUCAAAGCGGAUUCAAACUUCGUACAUAUUUUUUCAAACGUUCAUUCUCAAUUCUAGAUGACUCGUUUGGUGUUUAUACGACUUUACUGUCAUUAUCUCUUAGACCAAUUAAAGGUAGUGAAGUCUCGAUAAUAAAUUUGGUAGAAUUAUUCAUGGUAAUUCUGUUUGUCGGUCUGCAUUACAGUAUAUGUUUUUACGUUUCGCGUUCAUAUAGGAAUACGAAGAUCAACGAACGUCGCUUGGACAAUAUUUAAAAGGUGAUUCAUUAAACACGACGUUUAUGAAAUAAACCACCAGGAAACUCCAGUUUUAAAUGAUUCCUUUUGUUUUCAGGUUUCUCGGAAAAAGCCAAAUCUUUCAACCAGUUUCCGGGAGCGUAUUUAUCAGUACGACUUAUUAGCGAGGCCGUAAGUUAAAUUAAGGCUUGCUUAGUACCAUUUUCUGUUUAACUUGCCUACGUUUGCUACAGGCUAUACAGAAUUUUUUAUUAAUUACACACUAACUUAUAAAAAUGUUGUACAAACCUCAGAUCCCCACAACAUUACCCGCCAUCUCGAUUGAUAUAGUCCGCCUCUCGAUUGAUAUAGUCCGCCAUCUCGAUUGAUAUAGUCCGCCAUUAGGUGAUUCGACAUCUUUUCCAUACACAGGGGCGUGUUAUUUGUUCAUCAGUCACGAGAUCUACAAAGGAAGAAAGCGACGAAAAUAAAUGGAUUACAAUGAAUACAUCGACACACGAUUCAAUGAGUGAGGAAGGCCAAAAGCAAGAAAAUAUAGUCCAGAAAACACUUCGCGAUACAGAAGAGCAAGUGAUCAAAGUUGAAGUUCGAGAAGAAGAUGAAAUAAAGCACGCAGGACUGAUUAAUGGUCUAUCUUUACCAGACAACGUCUCUCCUAGCGCAGAAACAGGCAACUCUAUCUUCCUACAAUGCAGUCUAAACGUUUGGCAUGCGGUGAACCAUGAUUCCGGUUUACUCAAUGAUGCUUUAUGUGAUUUACUUGAAAGUGCGACACAUUUAUCUGAGGAACAAUGGUUAGUACGUUGCGUCUAGUACAGACGCUAGGUUUUAGUAAGCGUUACAAGGCAGAAGAUGGUGGUCGAACGUCCAACUGUUCACACUUAACGCCCAUUUCCACUCAAGAAAAUUUUCCACGGACAGAAAAUAUUCCGAAAAUAUCAUUGUUAAAAGUUGAAAAUUUUCAAUUUCAAAAUUUUUUUCCGACGGAAAAUUUGUGUCGGCCAAUCGCGUUUCACAAAAUUUUCUUUCCGCGGAAAAUUUUCCCGAGUGGAAAUGGUCCUUUAUAGCAGCGAGCGAUUGAGACUGCAUUUUGUUUUGUUUUCCCCAUCUAGGUUGGAACUGGUCUUGGCUUUUCAUAUUCUCGCAGAUGCAAGCUGUAGCAACGUCCGAGUCCUGGAGGUUUUUCAGUACUUCAUGUCGCUCGACUUUUCACCAGUGGUCAUACCGGUUGAUCGAGUUUCUCACUUGUGCGAAAACUGUUAUUCGAGUUUACCAACCAGCCCGUAAGUAUAACUUCACGCAAAACAUCCAUUGUGGUAAUUUUUGGACUAACUAAUCGCCCCAUUUACUUUUCAUCCGAAUUUCGUGUAAAUGGUAAAGAUGUGAUUUCCCUCUUUCCAGAGAUAAAAAGGCGCGCAAUUCGACUUCGUUUCGGGAUAACGUUUCAAAGAAUGAAAGCAUAGCUGCCGGAGAGCGAAACACGACGUCGAGUUUAGUGGAAACUUUGCAAGAAUUUGUGGGUUUAGAUUUAAGCCCAGAACAGGGGACGUUAGAAGACAUGCGCAAAACUCAAGAUUCCGCAACUCACAGUAGUCAACCUCGAAGAUCUGGACAAGGUAUUAUUGUUAUAGAAAAACCAAUCACCAUUGAGUGUAUAGGUCAUGAAUUAUCCACAAAGAAAUAAAAAUGCAAAGUGGAAUUUGUCUCUUUGAAGUGACGACAAACAGCGGGUACUGUUUGUGUAUUUCAAUCUCUUUUCUUCAUUCUUUCUUACUUUAUGUAGAAGAAACCAUUCCCAUUGAUUCCUACUCAAUGGCUGCUCGGCCACAACGACGUCAUCCCAGGAACCGCUGGCCAUGGGAAUUGGUUUACACAUUUUGUGAAUGUCUGACAACUGUAUGCAUGCACGGCGCAUGCUCGGACGUGCAGAAACAUUCCCUAUUGGGCAUGAGUGAAAGCACGUUGAAAAAAUACAAAAGUGGAAUGAAAGCAAAAUGCGGUUUGAUAGAAUUUCUACAAUAUGGUGAG